CGAAAUAAAAUAAAGAAAAUUAAUAAUAUUAAUUUAUUUUAACACCUAUUCAGGCAUUACAACAGUAAACAAUUACUUUGUGGUUCAGUUCACAGCAAUAGAAAUAUGUAGUCAGUGUAAAAUCUUCGAGAAAUACAAAACCAAAGUCUGUGGAUGUACCCAUAAUAAAACCAAAAAUUAGUGAAAAUGUCUCUACCGGGCAAUGGAAUCUUUGUGGUGCAGGGGGAGAUGGCGAUGCUCGUCACUGCCAUGAGGCGGAGCACUCGCUGGGGCUUGCACACCUUUCCAAACGAGGAGUACGACGUCCUCAUGCGCACGUUCCAAGACCUCAAGACAAUACUAUACCAAGUGGCUGACUUGCGAGAGCUAGAUCCUGCGACGUAUCUCAGUCCGUUCCUCGAAGUCAUCCGGAGUAAAGAAACCACUGGCCCAGUUACCAGUCUGGCCUUAUCGGCUAUACAUAAAUUUUUAUCUUAUGGCCUGAUAGAUCCAACUCAUCCCAGUGUGCCAGCAACUGUGGAGGACAUUGCAGAUGCUGUCACCCAUGCCAGAUUUGUUGGCACAGACCACUCGUCUGAUGGCAUUGUACUUUUAAAGAUAUUGCAAGUGUUGAGGACACUUAUGCUCAGUCCUGAGGGUGCUAUGCUAACUGAUGAGAGUGUCUGUGAAAUUAUGCUCAGCUGUUUCCGAACAUGCUUUGAAACUAGAUUGACAGAACUACUCCGUCGCAACGCAGAGCAAUGUCUGAGGGACAUGACUCAGUUGAUAUUCAUGAGGCUGCCUCAGUUUCCACCGGAAGACACUAAUCCAGCUUUCAACACUGUCGGAUUAUCACUGAAACGACGAGACAAGAAUGCAAAGAAGAAACUGGUGGCUGCUCAUAGUACGAACUCGUUAGAGCGGGUGGCGUCGCCGACCGAGUUGAACACGCCAACCUCUGAAGACUCUGGAAAACGGCACAGCAUCACUCACCACCAAGACAAGAACCUAAUAAACGAAGCGGAGAUAACCAUAGAGCCUGUAGACCAAAUGCCCAAGAAGCACGUUCGACACUCCUCCAUGGACUUAGCCAAUGAGUCUUCCAUGACACAGCUACUGGAGAAGUGUGUAAGUGCUGACGCAGAGGAAGAGAAAGAGAAGGAAACAGAAGAGAGCGAGAAGGCAGCAGAGGUUGAGAAGAUAGAGAACGAAGCCAUUGUUGAAGAAGUUCAACCCGAGCCUCAGGCCGAAGCAGACACUUCGGGCGAGAAAUUAGAGGAGUAUGUGAACGUGCGCGGCAUCCGUUUCACCCCGCAGCAGCAGGCGCCCGAGCUCCGCCCAUACGGUUUAGCCUGCGUCAGGGAGCUGUUCAGGUUCCUCAUCUCGCUCUGCAACCCUCUGGACGCUCAGAACACGUCGGCGAUGGUCCACCAGGGUCUGACGCUGGUGGGCACGGCGCUGGAGGUGGGCGCGGACCAGAUCGCUAAAUGCCCCUCCCUGUUAUAUCUAGUCAAGGACGCGCUGUGCAGGAAUUUGUUGAGCUUGUUGGACACGGAGAGAAUUUCAAUUUUCGCACUCGACUUGCAAAUCUGGUUUCUGUUGUUCGAAGCGUUGAGACCUCACCUUAAAUAUCAAAUGGAGGCUUUCUUCAAGAAAAUCAUAGAAAUCACCUCUGCUGACAACACUAAAGCCACGUACGAGUUGAAAGAAAUACACCACAUAUCCUUAGAGGGGCUGUCCCAAAUAUUCCGGAUACCUGGUCUAUGUACUGAGCUCUACCUCAAUUUCGACUGCGAUGUCUACUGUAUAAACGUCUUCGAAGAAAUAACUAAGUUGCUAUCGAAAAACGUGGUAUCUUCCACUACGUACAACAUACAUACUUUGUCUCUUGAAGUAUUGAUGACGAUAAUCGAAGCGAUAGAGAUGGGCACGCAGAAAGCUCCGGAAGAGAUCACGGAGGUUGUCCCGGAGUCGGGUCGUGGUGGUCACGUAACGUUGGAGUUGGGCGGAUUGGAUGAUUCCGUUGUCAGUGAUCACGUGACGCACGAUAUCAGCCAAUACGUGCGCGCAGAGAGGGUGACGCCUACCGCGGAGUUGCCCAAGGUCGCGGAUUUGGAGGUCAUCAGGAAUAUGAAGAAGUGGGUGACCCAAGGCACGGAGAUUUUCAAUCAGAAGCCGGAGCGCGGGAUAGAGUUUUUACAAGAACAUGGCGUGCUGGCCACGCCCACCGACCCGCAGCAAGUUGCCGCCUUCCUGCGCGAGAACCCUGACCUGGACAAGAAGAUGAUCGGCGAAUACAUCUGUAAGCGUUCGUCUCGCGGCGAAGCGGACGACGGGGAAACCCCCGGGGCUAGCGUCCUCGGCGCGUUCGCGGACAGCUUCGACUACGCCGGCCUGCGUAUAGACCAAGCGCUGCGGCUGUAUCUCGAGGCGUUCCGACUGCCCGGGGAAGCCCCGCUCAUAUUCCUCGUCAUGGAGAAAUUCGCUGAGAGGUGGCAUACGACAAACGGCUCACCGUUCGCUAACACGGACGCGGCGUUCCGAUUAGCGUACGCGGUGAUAAUGCUCAACAUGGACCAACAUAACCACAACGCUAAGAAACUGAACGUGCCAAUGACUGCGGAGGACUUCGUACGGAACCUGCGUGGGUGUAACGGCUCAGGGGACUUCGAUCAGGCCAUGUUGGAGGCCAUAUUCCAUUCCAUCAAAAACGAAGAGAUGGUAAUGCCCGCUGAGCGCGUAGGACCUGUGCGCGACGCGUACUUAUGGCGCGUGUUACAGCGGCGGGGACGCACGCCCUCCGCCCGCUACGUCGCGGCCCCGCCCACUGCCGCCGCAGCGCCGCAUCACGCUGGGCUACUGCCGGCUGCGUGUCCACCUGCGGUGACAGCCCUAUCAGCGAUGUUCGAGCGUUCCCCGCAGCCAACCGCCGAAGAGAUCGCGUCCAACAACAUUCGGGACUGUCCCGCGCUGGCCGCGUUGGACGGUCUAGAGCGGUGUGCAGCGCUCAUAGCGCGCCUGCCUGCUGCCGACAUCACAGUUGACACGCUGCUGCUGACGCUGUGCAAGUUCACUGGACUGCUGGCGCCGCAGCAUCCGAAUUACAUCGCUGUCGGCGUUGCGCUGGGUCAGUCUGGUAAAGCCCGCUGCGCGCUCCGCCGUGCGUGCGCGGUUGCGGCGCGGCUGGCGGACAGCGUGCGCGCCGCGUGGCGACACCUGCUCGAAAUACUCACCACGCUGUACCUGGGGCGACUGCUACCUCUUUGUCUAGUAGAAGCUGAAGACUACCUCGCACCAGGCGGCAAAGUGUCGCUGAUACGCGAGGCAUCGCGAGGUACCGACAGCGGUCUGCUCUCUAGCAUAUACUCCUAUAUCGCGCUAGGAGAGAGCGGUAUGAGAGCGCCGACGCCUCACGAGAAAGCUCUGAUAGACAUCGCCACUGAGUGCGUCGCCAAAUGUAACUUCCCCGGACUUCUGAUUACUGAAACGAAGUUCUUACAGUUGGAGAGUUUGCAGGAGUUGAUUCGCGCUACCAUAGCGGCCGGCACGCCCCCCGAUUCAGACAGUCUGCAGCUCAACCCACAGCUAGAAGACAUCACAAUAUUCUUCCUAGAACUUCUUGGACAGACUUUGAUUCAGAAUCGCGAUCGCGUGCUAUCCGUGUGGUCGGAGGCGGGGCCUCAUUACGAGCGCGUGGUAUUGUGGGCGGGGCUGGCGGCGCCGCACGCGAGCGCGCGUGCCCUCACCGCACUCCUGCGUACGGCCGCGCGGCUCAUGCGCUGCGAGCCAUGCGCCGCACCCGUACUGCGCCAUCUGCGCCUUCUCUACCGCCUGCCGUACAAGUUGUUCCACCAGCACGCUGACUUGAUAUCAUGCGGACUCUACGAGCUAGUAAAGACGUCGGCACAGAACAUACACAGCGCCGGCGAGUGGGCGACUCUACUAGGUCUGCUCGCGGCCGCCGGCGCCGGCGCGUGGCCACGCCCCGUCAACGGUGAUGUCACCUCAGCUGCAUCCAGUCGUUCCGAAGGCUCUGAAGAUGAGUUCGAUAGACGGCCAACCAGUGUGUCUUCGGAGAGUGAACUGUCCAACUCUCCACAGGCGCAGGGGUGGAUAUUUGUGAAAAACGACUCGGACGCCGCCCUAGAGACGGUAGAACAGGCCAUCGACGCGGUCUGGCUGCGGCCACACCGGGGCUCCGCCCUCGCGCGCUGCACCGAAGCCCUAGCGCUCGUCAUCCGAGAUGUGGCGCACGUGACCCCGCACAAUUGCGCCGCUGUGGUGCGAUGUCUGCGCCUGCUGGCUAAGGCUUCGCUGGCGUCCGGCAAAUCCAGCAAGUCCCGAGACGGUCGCAAGUCUAGGCCGAGCUCGGCGCGACGACGCGGCUACGACGAGUCCAGCGACGAGGAGCUCGACUCCUCGCACAUGGUCAGCAUUCAGCUUCUGGAUCUGAUGCACACACUUCACAGCCGCACGGCGCAGAUAUUCAAGUGGUGGAAAGACGAGGCCGAUCAGAAUCAAGGUGCAGAAGACUAUGACCUGUGGGAGGUGGCCUGGGAGCCGCUCCUGAAGGGAAUUGCCGAGUUCUGUACUGACAAGCGGAAACAGGUGGCGAAUAGCGGUAUAGCGUAUCUCCAGCGAGCUCUGCUGGCGCCGGGUCUGAGCGCGCUGGGCGGGGCGGGGUGGCGCGCGUGCGUCGAGCGCGUGCUGCUGCCGCUGCUGGCCGCGCCCCCCGCGCGCGCCGACGCCGCUGCGCGUGCGCACACGCUGACGUGCAAGGUGUUCCUGCAACACGUGGGCGCUCUAUCAUCGUGCGGCGACGGCGAGGGGGGUGGGGCUAGCCAGUUCGCGGCGCUGUGGGCGCGAGUGGCGCGCGCGCAGGCGGGCCCGCUCGCCGCGCCGCACGAGCCGCUCCGUGAAGCCGCGGCUGAGUCACUUAAGAACAUGCUGCUUGUUAUGCACUCUGUGAAGAUCUUUACGACGGGCGACGAGUACAACGACCUGUGGUACCUGACGUGGGACAUCAUAGGAGAGUUCCUCCCCAACCUCAAGCAGGAGCUGUUCCCCGAUGUGAACGACAACAGACCACAACAGACUAUUCCCAGUCAUUUACAGCCGUCCAUUCCCAUCGUCCCCACCAUCGUACCACCAAGCAACCCCAUUCCUCCCCAAAACUUACCCCAGAGGUCCACAGCACAAUCCCCCAACAUAUUAGUGGGGACAGCAGCCCAGUCACCAAUGGUUCCCACCAUGCCCCAGAUUCCGACAUCCCAGCCGGUUCCGGUUUCCCAACAAAUACCGGUUCCCCAACAAAUUCCAGUUUCCCAACAAACGCCGAUUCCUCAACAAGUUCCCGUUUCACAACAAAUUUCAGUUACCCAACGAAUUCCAGGUUCCCAACAAGUUCCAGUUGCCCAACAAAUUCCAGUUGCCCAACAAAUUCCAAACCAACAAACUAUUUCUCAACAAAUCCCCAUUCCCCCUCAAAUUCCAUCUAAUCAACCCCUCAGACCACCACCAAACAACGUUCCCUAUCCCACGCAAAUUUCCACACCGCCUCAAAUUCCCAGCCCACCUCAAGUGCUCAACCCAACACUUCCAGCAGGAAUAGUGGCUCCUAUCCCCAUUAAUCCCACCAAUCCCACGUCUGGGUCUUUGCCCACGGCUGGGACGGUGCCCACGGUGCCUGUAAGUGGAAUGGUGCCUAUACGGAACCCGCUAUACGACCAAUCGGGGCUGACUUCGUCUGUUCUAUUGCAGCCCUUGAAUGAGAUGAUAUCAACGCAAAUAUCAAUACAGACCCAACAGCCACAAAUAUACAGAGCUGAGGAGACGCAAAAAACUGAAGACCGCUCGGAAAUAUACGACGAGUACAUAUCCAACCCCUACAACAUAAAAGACAUACAAGACCUGGAUCCAAAACCGUUGCUGCCCCAAAAGUCAUAUAGUGCAAAUGUCACCCCUAUGCACAGUAGUAAUAAAGCCCAGUUCGGUUCGACGGACAACGUUAGGCAGGACUCCAGUAUUUUCAAUUUCGCGAAUUACUUUGGAGCCAAUAUCCAAGACCAGAAUUCGGAAGCCUUCGAAGCUUUGAUGUCAACGCAAGAGGGAUAGCUGGACCGAGAUAUUGGCACGUGGUUGUAAGGGAUAGAUGUAUUAGAGCGGGAUAGACGUAGUUACAACAGAGAUAGGAAAUAUGACAAGCACAGGAACAAACAAGGAAAUAUAUGACAUGGUGUCACAGUUUUCGACAAGGACAGAAAAGUAAGACAAGGACAAAAGUAAAUAUCAAUAUUGUGAGUUUUUUGUGCGUAUCUUAAGCUUUUAAAAGACUAUGUAAUGGUUUUAAAAGUAAAGCAAAACGUUUUAUCAGCAUGUAAAGUUGCCAACUUCUCUCAAAUAUAGCCAUCAUUUUAUUAAAAUGGCAUUUUCGACUGUCGUAAGUCGUUACUUGGCUUGUUUUUAUUCAAUAAUAUUUUUUUUGCUAAAGAAAUUUGUAAUGUCCUUUUUACUGCUCUACAUUCUUCAUUGACUUAAAAUCUGAUUACAAUGAUAAACUGUCCUAGUCUGUACUGUAACUAAAUUACAAUAAUUAUUACGGCUGUUUUGGCGUGCGGCAAAAAUCGGCACUAACGCCGCCAUAUUGUAAAAU